AUGAACCAGAAUAACCUUGAUGAUAUCGACAUAAGAAUAUUGACCAACAUACUACAAGUCAAUCAAACUGUUACUAUUCUUAAUCUUCGCGAGAAUAAAAUAUCUGCCGAAGGAGCUAAAUCACUCGCUGAUGUAUUGAAAGUGAAUCAAACUCUUACUACUCUUGAUCUUCACGACACUAGAAUAUCUGACGAAGGAGCUAAAUCACUCGCUGAUGUAUUGAAAGUCAAUCAAACUCUUACUACUCUUGAUCUUCACGACAAUAAAAUAUCUGACGAAGGAGCUAAAUCACUCGCUCAUGCAUUGAAAGUCAAUCAAACUCUUACUACUCUUGAUCUUCGCCGCAAUAAAAUAUCUGCCAAAGGAGCUAAAUCACUCGCUGAUGCAUUGAAAGUCAAUCAAACCCUUACUACUCUUCAUCUUUACAACAACAGAAUAUCUGCCAAAGGAGCUAAAUCACUCGCUGAUGCAUUGAAAGUCAAUCAAACUCUUACUACUCUUGAUCUUCACAACAAUAAAAUAUCUGACGAAGGAGCUAAAUCACUCGCUGAUGCAUUGAAAGUCAAUCAAACUCUUACUUCUCUUAAUCUUCACGGCAAUGAAAUAUCUGCCAAAGGAGCUAAAUCACUCGCUGAUGCAUUGAAAGUCAAUCAAACUCUUACUACUCUUGAUCUUACCGAGAAUGAAAUAUCUGACGAAGGAGCUACAUCACUCGCUGAUGCAUUGAAAGUCAAUCAAACUCUUACUACUCUUCAUCUUCAAUGGAAUCAAAUAUCUGCCGAAGGAGCUAAAGCACUCGGUGAUGCAUUGAAAGUCAAUCAAACUCUUACUACUCUUAAUCUUCACGACAAUGAAAUAUCUGACGAAGGAGCUAAAUCACUCGCUGAUGCAUUGAAAGUCAAUCAAACUCUUACUACUCUUGAUCUUCUGAACAAUAAAAUAUCUGACGAAGGAGCUAAAUCACUCGCUGAUGCAUUGAAACUCAAUCAAACUCUUACUACUCUUGAUCUUCACGACACUAGAAUAUCUGCCGAAGGAGCUAAAUCACUCGCUGAUGCAUUGAAACUCAAUCAAACUCUUACUACUCUUCAUCUUUACAACAACAGAAUAUCUGCCGAAGGAGCUAAAUCACUCGCUGAUGCAUUGAAAGUCAAUCAAACUCUUACUACUCUUCGUCUUUACAACAACAGAAUAUCUGACGAAGGAGCUAAAUCACUCGCUGAUGCAUUGAAAGUCAAUCAAACUCUUACUACUCUUGAUCUUCACAACAAUAAAAUAUCUGCCGAAGGAGCUAAAUUACUCGCUGAUGCAUUGAAACUCAAUCAAACUCUUACUACUCUUGACCUUCACGACACUAGAAUAUCUGACGAAGGAGCUAAAUCACUCGCUGAUGCAUUGAAACUCAAUCAAACUCUUACUACUCUUCAUCUUCAAUGGAAUCAAAUAUCUGCCGAAGGAGCUAAAUCACUCGGUGAUGCAUUGAAAGUCAAUCAAACUCUUACUACUCUUAAUCUUCACGACAAUGAAAUAUCUGACGAAGGAGCUAAAUCACUCGCUGAUGCAUUGAAACUCAAUCAAACUCUUACUACUCUUGAUCUUCACGACAGUAGAAUAUCUGACGAAGGAGCUAAAUCACUCGCUGAUGCAUUGAAAGUCAAUCAAACUCUUACUACUCUUCAUCUUCAAUCGAAUCAAAUAUCUGCCGAAGGAGCUAAAUCACUCGGUGAUGCAUUGAAAGUCAAUCAAACUCUUACUACUCUUAAUCUUCACCACAAUGAAAUAUCUGACGAAGGAGCUAAAUCACUCGCUGAUGAAUUGAAACUCAAUCAAACUCUUACUAUUCUUGAUCUUAAACGGAAUCAAAUAUCUGACGAAGGAGCUAAAUCACUCGCUGAUGCAUUGAAAGCCAAUCAAACUCUUACUACUCUUCAUCUUCAGGGCAAUGAAAUAUCUGACGAAGGAGCUAAAUCACUCGCUGAUGCAUUGAAAGUCAAUGAAACUCUUACUACUCUUGAUCUUCAGAGCAAUGAAAUAUCUGCCGAAGGAGCGAAAUCACUCGCUGAUGCAUUGAAACUCAAUCAAACUCUUACUACUCUUCAUCUUUUCAACGAUGAAAUAUCUGACGAAGGAGCUAAAUCACUCGCUGAUGCAUUGAGAGUCAAUCAAACUCUUACUACUCUUCAUCUUCAGGGCAAUGGAAUAUCUGCCGAAGGAGCUAAAUCACUCGCUGAUACAUUGAAAGUCAAUCAAACUCUUACUACUCUUGAUCUUCACGGCAAUAAAAUAUCUGAUGAAGGAGCUGAAGCACUCGCUGAUGCAUUGAAAGUCAAUCAAACUCUUACCACUCUUGAUCUUCAAUGGAAUAAAAUAUCUGACGAAGGAGCUAAAUCACUCGCUGAUACAUUGAAAGUCAAUCAAACUCUUACUACUCUUGAUCUUCACGGAAAUAAAAUAUCUGAUGAAGGAGCUGAAGCACUCGCUGAUGCAUUGAAAGUCAAUCAAAGUGUUAUGAUGUUUUUCCUUAAGGGAAACGUAUUAUUGGACUAUACAAUGAAAGUGCUUGCUGAUGUAUUGAAAGUCAAUGAAACUCUUACUACUCUUGAUCUUCAGAGCAAUGAAAUAUCUGACGAAGGAGCUAAAUCACUCGCUGAUGCAUUGAAAGUCAAUGAAACUCUUACUACUCUUCAUCUUUUCAACAAUGAAAUAUCUGACGACGGAGCUAAAUCACUCGCUGAUGCAUUGAAAGUCAAUCAAACUCUUACUAUUCUUGAUCUUAAACGGAAUCAAAUAUCUGACGAAGGAGCUAAAUCACUCGCUGAUGCAUUGAAACUCAAUCAAACUCUUACUACUCUUCAUCUUCAGGGCAAUGGAAUAUCUGACGAAGGAGCUAAAUCACUCGCUGAUGCAUUGAAAGUCAAUCAAACUCUUACCACUCUUGAUCUUCAAUGGAAUAAAAUAUCUAACGAAGGAGCUAAAUCACUCGCUGAUGCGUUGAAAGUCAAUCAAACUCUUACUACUCUUGAUUUUCGCGAGAAUGAAAUAUCUGACGAAGGGGCUGAAGCAGUGACACGGGCAUUGUGGUUCAAUCGAACGCGGAUCACUCGUGUUUGUGACGAACACUGA